AUGAAUGAAACCACCCAGCAGGGAAAUAGUAACGGCGACACAGAACUCCAUGACCAUGACGAUGCAACCUGGAUCUUGACAAGUGCAUUUACCAUUUUUACAAUGCAGUCAGGAUUCGGUCUUUUAGAAUCCGGGUUUGUUUCCUUGAAAAAUGAAGCAAACAUUAUGGUAAAGAACGCUGUUGACAUCGUCUUUGGUGGAUUUUCGUACUGGUUGUUCGGGUAUGCGUUCAGUUUCGGGAUCAUACAGAAUGGCAAUCCUUUUUGUGGACUGGGUUAUUUCUUGACAGACGCAGAGGGAAGCAGCAUGGGUCAGAUAUAUUCCAAGUAUUUUUUUCAGCUUUCAUUCGCCACUACAGCGACCACCAUUGUUUCCGGUGCAAUGGCGGAGAGAAUCAAACUCAAAGCCUACAUCUUGUACUCAUUCCUGAACACUCUGACAUACAGCUUCCCAGCACAUUGGAUUUGGGAUGAAAACGGUUUUCUCCAUACAAUGGGCGCAGUGGACAUUGCUGGAUGCAGUGCUGUGCAUUUGGUUGGCGGGGUAAGCGGUUUAGUUGCGACGAUGAUGCUAAAGCCACGAAGCGGACGAUUCGACAAGAAUGUUCCUCCAAAACAAAUGGCUUCACCGACAAAUGUGCUCUUAGGGACUUUCAUGCUGUGGUGGGGAUGGUUGGGGUUCAACUGCGGAAGUACACUGGGGAUAACUGGCAUGAGAUGGAAGCUAGCCUCAAGGUACCUAAUCUAAACACCUUUCUCUUUUUCUCAGCCCUAAGAGAUACCGCCAGAAUUAACACAAAUUCCCAGCGUUGUGGCAAAUUUUUAAGAAAUACUUCCAUUUCGCCCUUUUUUUGUCUUUUUUUGGUUUUACUAAGUGCUCUUACGUAAUGAUUAUCGAUUGCAUAAUUGCUAUCUUGAGGGAAACUGUUCACUGGUCAUCAUCUUUGGCAAGAGGUGAUCAGAUAUUCAGCGGCUGUUUCAGCUCGGGAAAUGUCCUGAUUAGAGCAUAUCCAACAACACGUUUUGAUGUGUCUCGAAGUCUCGUUUUUCGGGUGAUUUUGUGUCUUGGUCGGCUCAAAUUUUGAAGCCAGCAGCGUCUCGCGUUUCUCAAAGUCUCAAAUUUACCAUUCUAAACCCCUAUCAUGGGUUGGCCGGCUAUAAUAAAGUCACUUAACUUAUAUUAUAUUAAAGUUAUAAUUCUGUUCUUCGUUCUGUCCAUUAGUGGCAGCAAGGUGGCCUGCAGAAAAUGAGCAUUAUUAUUUAUUCCAAAUAUUUAUCCUUUUCUGAUUGACUCUUGUCAUUGGCUAAUUCUUCAUUACUAGCUAGCGUUGACAAAAUUUUGAAGACGUUUGGUGAUAUCUAGUCAAAUUACAUCAAUAAUAUACAACUAUCCCCUGAAGGGGAGGUGAAUAUGGUAAUAUAUACCUCGAAGUAUAUAACUACCGCUGUUCACCGACCCUGAGGGGGAUAGUUGUUUUAGUAUUUACCAAAUCAGUUGGAUAUACUUUUUGUAAACUAAAAACGUCACUUAGUAGGAACUUUGUUUACAAUUUACAAUUAUUUCGGGGAUUUUGUCAAGAGAAUUUUAUGAUUUUGCUGCAAAUUCAGCAUGAGAUUAAUUCUCUACAUAACCUGCGUAGCAGGCGCUUGCAAGUAGUGGCCGCAAGAAAUAACGGGCGCACGACAGGGAGACACGCGUUCUUUGCGCCAAGGAUAUUCCGAGUUACGCGAACCUAUCAAAACGCGCGAAAAUUGCUAUUCAGCGAUUUGGUAAAUACUUAUACAAGCUAUGGCCAUGACAACAGAGAAGUCCUGGGGGCGAGAUUUGUUUUUUUUUUUAAAAUUCCAAAUCGCUGGAACUUCAUCAGCGAUGUGAAGUGUCAAGGUUGCGUAACACUUCACGUCUUUGAUAAAAGUCCAGCAAUUCGUACGAAAAAUUUAUUUUUUGUCUCAAAUUUUGCUCUAAAUCUUGGAAUUUUUUCUAUACUAAAUGUCUUCGCCAGAUCAGGUGAAAUACCCCUGUAUGUAACAUAGUUUGUUGAUUUGUUCGUUGUUCGUCAUUGUCAUUAAUUCAGUGAUCUGAUUCAAAAUAAUACCACCCCAGUUACUUUCUUAACGCCUUUUCUCUGAUGGUGAUCGUGUUUUAGUGAUGAGUAAGUACUGAAUGGGAAGGGAACUAAAUGACAAUCAUGACCGCCCAUUUAAUUCAAGCCAAAAAUUGUUUCCACUAGGUCGGCGGUUGUGACGAUAAACGGAGCUGUUGGAGGUGGAAUUGUGGGGACAGUGUACAGGUAUAUGAGCUGUUAUCUUCCAUCUGCUCAAGCUUACGAUAGAAUAUACCUGUCCAGGAUAGAACGCUAAUUACACGCUUGGAGAUUUUUAGUGAUAGCUAACACAGCAGUGGCGGAUCCAGGAAAGGGGCCUGGUGGACCGCCCCCCCCCCCCCCUUUCUUUUAAAACAAACCAAGGGCCCGAGGGCCGAAAAAAAAAAAAGGGGCAACCACACCUCCCCCUAUCCAACGGGGCGGAAGACCCCCCCCCCCCACUCAAAGGGCUUGCUUCCGCCACGUCCCCCGGUUUUUUGUUUUUUUUUCCAUCCGCUCAAGGUUACGAAAAAAAAUACCCUUCCGGGAAAAAAACCAUAUAUCCCGCUUGGGAAUUUUUAGUGGAAGCCAAACCAGCGGGGGGGGGUCCAGAAAAGGGGCCUGGGGGACCCCCCCCCCCCCCCCGUUAUUUUUAAACCAAACUGAGGGCCGAAGGGCCGAAAAAAAAAAUUGGGGAGACCAGUCUUCCCCUUAUCUAAGGGUCUGGAUGACCGCCACCUCUUAUCUCAAGGUCUGGAUCUGGCACUGCACACGGUUUUGUUCUCUCUAUCAGGGAGGGAUAUUUUAUGCUUGUCACACGUACCUAAGCCCGUAUCACCCCUCCCUGUCCCUCUCGGGUCUAAACCUUGAUACCUGCGUUAACUGUUGUCGUGAAUAAAAGCCUCAUAAAAGGUCACCAAAUCAAAAUUAUUCUGUCAGAUAUAAAAAAACAGCUCAUUUAGAUUUGAGAAACUUAUAAAACAAUGUUUUGGUUCACUCGACACUGGGGUAAUAGUGACCUUGCUUGCGAUUGGAAUCAUCCCUGUUGUUAAGUCAGUUCAGUCACACGGCUUACCAUCUAACUGUAUGUAUUGACCUUUUUACCGAUACGGCGGCUAUAUUGAAUUAAUUCGAUUUGAGGAGUAUUAUAGGAUGCCCAGGAUGGGCAUAUAUAAUAACUGAAAUUACAAAAAAUAGGAUGCGCUUUUCGGGACAUUUUUUUGUAAAGUUUUCUUAGAAUAAAUUUGUAAUGGAAAAAAAGAUCGUUUUACCGUGUUUGGAUGUAAUAAUGAUCGCCUUUUUCUAGUUUAGUAUUAGAAAUAUAAUCUUUCACUGUAAAUUUCUCGGAAAAAAGGCGAAUGUCUCACAUUAUGGCUCUUGGUCCCAUUAAAAACAAUUAAUGAUUAAUUGUUGGAGAGUUUACGUUUCCAAAGUAUUGUUUUUCUUUUUAUUUAUUUAGUGCAGUCCUUUUUUUGAUUUAAGAUACUCGCCUGUUUACCUGCAUGGUUAAUGAAAGGCCAAUCCGUUUUUUUUCCUACUCUGUAGUUACGUUGUCUACAAAAACAAAUUGGACAUACCAUGCUUCGUCACUGGAAUCAUAUCAGGUCUCGUGUCCAUCACAGGUUAGUGCAGAUUCAAAGUGGGAGAUCGACUGAGAGUACGGUUUUAGGGGUUCCAGUAAGGGCACUCCAUUAUUUGGCUAAAACGGGUAUGUACUGCCGAACAGGAUAUGAUUUUCAGGAUCUUGAGUCUUAACCCUCGGACGUACAAGGGGGAAGGGAAGAGGGGCGGUUGCCACCCUCCAUAAGGUUUUUCUGACUUUUUUCCUAGACGAUAAAACAUCGUCACUUGAAGUUUUCUGUAGCUGUUCGUUUAUUCUUCGCGCACAUUUUGAGACAAGUUUACUGAUGGUCAGUUACUAUGAGAUAUGACGUCAUAAGUAGCAGGUGGUCGAGCCAUUUUUGAGUGGAAAUGCAUGUUUUUUCAACUUUUUUCAACAAUAAAAGUAAAACUUGUGGAUGAAAUGAUGCAAAGUAAUUAUUUAUGUGUUAUUUUACAUGUUAAGCCCAAAAAAGUAUUAAUUUGUCACUGUUUUUACCUUAUUUCUAAUUCUUGAUAAAAUCCAAGAGGGCGGCCAAGAUGGCGACCAUGUUUGGUGACGUCACAGACCUUCAGCGGCGUCACCACCAAUAAAAUAUACCUCAUCUUGUAGGGAAGAUCAAAGGCUUUCCACUGAAGGCAAAAUCGUUUCGAAAUAUUGCAACAUAUCAAAAACCCAAGGGGGGGGGGGGUGGGUCCAUACAUACAUACAUGCAUACACCCAUACAUGUUUUAUUUAUUUGGAGUCUUAUACAAUAAAUAGUACAUCAACUAUUUCCAAAUAAUUUUUUGGAGAGACCCAAAGCCUUUAAAAGAGUAUGUAAAGGUUGCCGAGGCCUACAUGUUUUGUACCAAAAACUUUUUUCCUCAAAAAAUCUAAUUCUUUGAUGCUGUCUUAAGAAUUCUGUGUGCGAAACGAAAUGAAUCAGGGUAGCGAAAUGAACGAUCUUUGUCUUAAACAAGGAAAGGUGUGGAAGGCUCCUAAGGCACAACCCUACGCAAAUUUACUUUGAGUGCCCCCUCUCCCCUCCCUCGGGCUAAAGAGCCCAGGGGCGUAGCGGUCUCUUCUCCUGUACGUACCUGCGUAAAUGGGAGCAAUUUAGGUUUUUGGGAAACUGACCACCUACCCCUCGCCUAAUCCAACAUUUUGCCCUAAGUGAGAAGUAAGUGUUAAUGUUGGCUUAGGGGAGGGGUAGGUGGUCAGUUUCCCAAAAACCCAAACUGAUCUCGUAAAUGUACCUGAAAAAAAAAAACAGAAAUAAAUGGAAGUUAAAUGAGAGUCGAUAAUUGAGAAAAAGCACAAACACCUCAAGUCAUGAUAAAACUUCGAUUACAUGUGUUUCUUUCAAAUGAUUUUUUUAAAUCAAAAGGCAGCUUUUUUUCACAUGCAAACGUUAGUUUUUUUCACGAAUGGCGUGAUUGGCGUACCUAUGAUCAAUGUUGAUGCAAGUGCUGGAAAAAGGCGGGCCGGUGACUAUAGAAUAGGAAAAGCCCAGUUUGGAAAAAAAAAACAGCAAUUCUGAGCAACUUGUUUUCAAAUAAUAAUCAGUGGGCAAGGUGAGAGGUCUUUGUCUCGAAAACGGCAAUUAUCAAGGAGGCUCAUUACAUUGACUGAUGGGGUAAAAGGCAGUGAUUCUGAUUUGACAGGGAGCAAGCUUAAUGGUCCUAAAUUUGUAUCUAAUGUGUCUAAUCUAAUCCCAAUUUUCAGCUAUCUGCACUCUCGCUCGUCCCUGGGAGGGAAUAGUUAUUGGUGCAGUGGGUGCUCUAUUUGCAUGUCCCGGAUGUGCUCUUCUUGAUCGACUCCGAAUCGAUGACCCUGUUGGUUGUGUUCCCAUCCACCUCUUUGCUUCAGUCUGGGGGCUCUUGGCUGUUGCCCUGUUUGCUGAGAAAGACACUUUCGAAAACUCAGUUUCUGAGGAUUUUGGAAUCUUUAAGGGUGGUCCUUGGAGAUUUUUGGGAGUACAGGCACUUGCGAUUGUAGCUGUUUCCGUGUGGACCGCGAUUGUUAGUUUUCUGGAGCUGCUAUUGGUCGAUAAGCUGGUUGGAAUGCGCGUAUCCCCAAGGGAAGAACUUCUGGGCGCUGACAACGUUCAACAUGGAAUUGAACGAAGCUGUAGUCAAUCCGUGUGUUCCUGUGGACCAGCCAAUACUGCCGACAACAGCAAUGGUCCGGAAACGAUAUCUUGCGGAUCAGGGAGACUCUUUGAACGUCUGCCAAUGCCUUGGUCACCGUCACACUCUUUUUCUUCGCCAGUACACCGUGAAGCUCCAUGGAAAACGACGUUUGAGCGGCAGUCAGGAGGUCUUCGUACUGGUAACAUAGUACAUUGA